AUGAAGGCGGCGGCCCUUCGUCGUCCAGCCUCGGCGCCGGAGUCCCGGGUCCCAGCGAGGCCGCAGUUCUUCUGGGCACUGCGACCCGAAGAUGUUCCGGACAACAUGCGAAGCACCAAGGGUGCCAGGGCGAAAGAAAACAGCUCUCCUGCCUAUGCACAUGAUCCCACAAGUUGGCUCAUCCACAGGCAUCGCGAGGGCCAUCUUUGUGCCGCCACCUUUGAAGCUGACAACCGCGCCGUGCCGCGUUGCCCGGUGGAAAGAGCUUUGCAAAAGCCCAUGGGGCGACCGCAGAGCGCGCCACAGAUCCUGAAGGAGCGCCAAAAGCUUCGACAGCUUCAGGACAAAAAGGUGAAGACCUCUAGGCUCAAUGCAAGCCAGUCGUCACCCGCCAUUUGUCCUGAAGCUGAGACGGCAAAGCGCUUGGGCUACUGGCCCGGGCUACCUCGGAAGCAGGUGCACUCGCUGUUCCCGAAGCAGCCGGAAUCCGACCUUCCACAGGUCAUCGCACGGAUGCAGAAGCUUCAAGCCGAACAAAAAGCGUUGAUGCAGAAGAAAGGAGACUCCCAGGUGCAGCUGAAGAAGCACAGAGAUGUUUGCGAAUUGAGUUUCCCAGGGAAAGACGCCCGGUUACUUGUGAACCGAUGGCGACCGGGCUAUAGCGAGCAGAGAUCGCAUAGUCGCGGGCGGCCACUGAGCGCCUGCGUAUACUCGAAUGGCUCCAGUCCCAAGAAGAGGCCGGAGGAAAUACAGCUUCAGCGAACCUCCCACAAGGGAGAGUCGGGAGUCAGCUUUUUAGACUUCGAAUUCAAAGGCUCCACCUUCUUAGGCUCUGCAAAUGUGGAUGUGAGGAUGCUGUCUAUGAGCAGAGAGAUGCUGAUGGGCGCAGGCGACCUCAAGGCCUUCCGUUUCCUCUGUUUCCUUGCCAUGGCCAUGUUGCCGGAAUCUUCGGGCUUCCUCCCCCAAGCCGCCGGCCGCGCCGCUGGCCUGGCCUCGCGCGUGGCAGGGAAACGACUGAAUACGAUCUCCCAGCGCUUCGCUUCUGGCGGGAUGUCCAAGGAGCUCGAGCUGAUGAUGGUCAGAAAUGGCAAAACGCCACCUAGCUUCAUCCCCAACAAUUUGAAUGCGAGGUUUGCUCUGAAGCAUGGGAAGCUGCCCUCGAACAUGUUGCCCAAGGAUUUGAAUGCGAGGUUUGCGGGGAAGCAUGGGAAGCUGCCCUCGAACAUGUUGCCCAAGGAUUUGAAUGCGAGGUUUGCGGGGAAGCAUGGGAAGCUGCCCUCGAACAUGUUGCCCAAGGAUUUGAAUGCGCGGUUUGCGGGGAAGCAUGGGAAGCUGCCAGACAACAUGCUGCCUCGCAACUUAGAAUCUCGGCUGAACAUCAAGGAUCCUCAGGGCCAGAUCUUGAAGGAUAUGAACCUGCAGCAGCGACUGAACGUUUUCGAUACUCAGGGCCAGAUUUUGAAGGAUAUGACCCUGCAGCAGCGACUGAACGUUUUCGAUACUCAGGGCCAGAUGUUGAAGGAUUUGCCCUUGCGGCAGCGAAUGCAGUUCAUGGAGUCAUUGAAGCAUCCCGAUCGAUGUAGUGGCUCUCAGGAGUCAGAACUUGGAGAGUUGUACACCGAUAAGCAAGCUGGAGGUCUCACUGGCGAUGGUAACCAUGGAAGAUUCCCAGGUGCCAAGCCAGAGAACCAACCGGACAUGACACCGCCGCUCAGUUGGCGCCCAAUUGGCGGUCCAGAAUUGCCCGCCCAAUUGGAGCAGCAGUACUGGGAUCCGUCGGGCCGGAGGAAAUACAGCUUCAGCGAACCUCCCACAAGGGAGAGUCGGGAUCCGGCCUGUGUUGCUGUGCAGCGUCAGCCCAAAGCUUCACAGCUUAGAUCUCCAGCCAUGGCAGAGCCAUCUGCCGACCCGGCUGCUUAUGAGGUGCCGACUGCGAAAGGCUCCACCUUCUUAGGCUCUGCAAAUGUGGAUGUGAGGUUGCCCGAUGAUCAAUGGACGUCAAAGCUGCGACCAAACGUCUACAAGGUUUUGCGACAGAAGGCCACUGAGCCUGGGCACCGCACCAAAUUCCCCGAAGGAUUUGAUGACCACAAAGAUGCUGGGGUCUAUUUCUGCGCUGGUUGUCAUGCAGCUGGGCAGAAGGUGCCACUCUACACCUCGCAGAUGAAGUUUGACUGCGGCUGUGGCUGGCCGGGCUUUUGGGCGAAUGUCAAGGAUGCUGUCUAUGAGCAGAGAGAUGCUGAUGGGCGCAGGUGUGAGAUUCUUUGCUCCAGAUGUGCUGGCCACUUGGGCCAUGUCUUCCGGGGUGAGGGCUUUGGAUACUGCACCGAUGAACGCCAUUGUGUGAAUUCCUUGAGCCUUGUGUUUGUCCCAAAAGGUGGGAGUGAUGUGAUUGCGCCUUCCUACGCGGGACCAGUCUUCGGGUGCGAUGGUCGAAGGAUGUCGAAGGAUGUCGAAGGAUUCAGGGGGAUGAUGUGGGGAUGGGUCAAAAAAUCUCUGAGCUUUGGGACAGCUACAGCGACUGGUAGUGGAUGUUCAGGGUAUCAGGAUUUGGACAUUUUGGACCCAUACUGUCAUUCUUCAUGUGAGUUUUUGUUAUUGUUCUUGCUGAGAAGUGCUGAUUGGUGCACUGGCUAUUUUCAAUCUAAGGUGAUUUUCUGA